AUGCUCUCUUCCAUGGCAGCUGUCGCUGGGUCUGAGCAGGAGGGGCUCUGAAACAAAGCUCUCAUCCUUUCUUCUUCCCUGAAAACUCCUCCUUCCCCCUUUCCCCUUUUUCCCUUCAUAUAUUCAUCUUCUUCCUCAAACCCUAAACCCUUCCAUUUCUACUCACGGAGAAGCACCAACAAUGCUUCUUAACCCCCUCUUCCUCCUCUUCUUUUUCUUCUUAAUCUUCCUCUCAAACCCUUCUCUUCUCUCCUUCUCUCUAACACAAGAAGGUCUCUAUCUUCACACCAUCAAGCUCUCUCUCGACGACCCAGAUUCCUCUCUCCGCUCAUGGAACGACCGCGACGACACUCCCUGUUCCUGGUUUGGCGUCUCUUGCGACCCUCAAACCAACUCCGUCCACUCUCUCGACCUCUCUAACACCAACAUCGCCGGCCCAUUUCCUUCCCUCCUUUGCCGUCUCCAGAAUCUCUCAUUCCUCUCCCUUUACAACAAUUCCAUCAACAUGUCCCUUCCCUCUGCUAUUUCCGACUGUACCAGUCUCCACUAUCUCGACCUCUCCCAGAAUCUCCUCACCGGCGCGCUUCCGAGCUCGAUUUCUGAUCUCCCCAACCUUCGUUACUUGGAUUUGACAGGGAAUAACUUCUCCGGCGACAUUCCGGAGAGUUUCGCCCGGUUUCGGAAGUUGGAAGUUCUGUCUCUUGUUUAUAAUCUUCUCGAUGGGCCUAUGCCGGCGUUUCUCGGCAACAUUACGUCGUUGAAGAUGUUGAACCUGUCUUAUAACCCGUUUGUGCCGAGCCGGAUCCCAUCGGAGUUUGGGAAUUUGACGAAUCUUGAGGUGCUCUGGUUGACUCAGUGUAAUUUGGUUGGGCAAAUUCCGGAGUCUCUUGGUCGGUUGAAGCGGCUUACUGACUUGGACUUGGCGUUGAAUAAUCUUGAUGGGCCGAUUCCGAAGUCGCUAAUGGAGUUGAGUAGUGUGGUUCAGAUUGAGUUGUAUAAUAACUCGUUAACGGGUGAGUUGCCUUCUGGGUUUUCGAAUCUGACUUCAUUACGACUGUUUGACGCUUCGAUGAAUGGUUUGACUGGGGUGAUUCCGAAUGAGUUGUGUCAAUUGCCGCUUGAGAGUCUCAAUCUCUAUGAGAACAAGUUUGAAGGGAAGUUACCGGAAAGCAUUGCCAACUCGCCGGGUUUGUACGAACUCAGACUGUUCAGUAACCGGCUCACUGGCGAGUUACCGCGAAAUCUUGGAAAGAACUCGCCGAUGAGAUGGAUGGAUGUUUCUAACAACCAGUUUUCGGGUGAAAUCCCGGGGAAUUUGUGUGAGAAGGGAGAGUUAGAGGAGCUUCUCAUGAUCAACAACCAGUUUUCCGGCGAGAUCCCGGCGAGUUUGGGUUCGUGCGAGAGUCUUACGAGGGUGCGAUUGGGUUAUAAUCAGUUUUCCGGCGAGGUACCGGCGGGAUUUUGGGGGCUCCCACAUGUGUAUCUGUUAGAACUGGUGAGUAACUCGCUUUCUGGGAAGAUUUCUGAUGCCAUUGCCACUGCUAAGAACCUUUCGAUUUUCAUUAUCUCUAAGAACAACUUUACUGGCACGUUACCGGCGGAGAUCGGACGGCUGGAAAAUCUUGUGAAGUUGCUAGCGACGGAUAACAAACUUACUGGAUCAUUACCAGGGAGUCUUGUGAAUCUUAGGCAUCUUUCGAGUUUAGAUCUUCGGAAUAAUGAACUCUCUGGGGAACUUCCCAGUGGAAUCAAAUCGUGGAAGAAUCUCAACGAACUCAAUUUAGCAAACAAUGGAUUCACCGGCGAAAUCCCUGAAGAAAUCGGAAACUUGCCUGUUCUUAAUUACCUUGAUCUGUCUGGAAAUCUGUUUUCUGGGGAUAUCCCUCUUGGGUUACAGAAUUUGAAACUCAAUCUUCUCAAUUUAUCUAACAAUCGCUUGUCAGGUGAGCUUCCUCCAUUUUUAGCUAAGGAAAUCUACAGAAAUAGCUUUUUGGGGAAUCCAGAUUUGUGUGGACAUUUUGAAAGUUUGUGCAACAGCAAAGGUGAAGCUAAAAGCCAAGGCUCUCUCUGGUUGUUGCGAUCCAUCUUUGUUCUUGCCGCUAUUGUGUUUAUCGUCGGUGUCAUCUGGUUUUACCUCAAAUACAGGAAGUUUAAGAUGGCAAAGAAAGAAAUGGAGAAGAGCAAAUGGACAUUGAUGUCCUUCCACAAGUUGGAUUUCAGUGAAUACGAGAUCUUGGAUUGUCUUGAUGAAGAUAACAUCAUAGGUAGUGGAUCUUCUGGUAAAGUUUACAAAGUUGUGCUUAACAAUGGUGAGGCUGUUGCAGUGAAGAAACUGUUUGGAGGGAUGAGGAAAGAAGGCGAAAAAGGCGAUAUCGAGAAGGGUCAAGUUCAAGACAAUGCCUUCGAAGCCGAAAUCGAUACUUUGGGAAAGAUUAGGCACAAAAACAUUGUGAAGUUAUGGUGCUGCUGUGUUACAAGAGACUACAAGCUUUUAGUCUAUGAAUAUAUGCCUAAUGGAAGCUUGGGAGAGUUGCUUCAUAGUAGUAAAAAAGGGCUGCUUGAUUGGCCUACUAGGUUUAAGAUAGCUUUAGAUGCCGCAGAAGGACUUUCUUAUCUUCAUCAUGAUUGCGUCCCUCCGAUCGUACAUCGAGACGUUAAGUCAAACAAUAUCUUGUUGGAUGGUGAUUUCGGAGCACGGUUAGCCGAUUUCGGUGUAGCUAAAGUCAUCGAUUCAACCGGGAAAGGACCUAAAUCCAUGUCAGUUAUCGCAGGAUCUUGCGGUUACAUUGCACCUGAGUAUGCUUAUACACUCCGAGUGAAUGAAAAAAGCGAUAUAUACAGUUUUGGCGUGGUGAUCCUCGAGCUAAUAACUGGGAGGCUCCCGAUCGAUCCAGAGUUUGGGGAGAAGGACUUGGUGAAAUGGGUGUGUUUCACAUUAGAUCAAGACGGGAUCGAUCAAGUGAUAGACCGGAAACUGGAUAGCUGUUUCAAGGAAGAAAUAUGCAGAGUCCUUAACAUUGGGCUGCUAUGCACCAGCCCUCUUCCCAUAAACAGGCCAUCGAUGAGAAAGGUGGUGAAAAUGCUGCAAGAAGUUGGGGCAGAGAAUCAAUUGAAAAGCAACAGUAAAGAUGGAAAGUUAACUCCAUACUAUUAUGAAGAUGCAUCAGAUCAGGGAAGUGUAGCUUAGAACAAAACACAGUUUGAUUGCAUAAAAGAAGAAAGCUUUCAGUUUAUACAAAAUUUUCUUUUAAGUUUUUCAACUCAACUCCAUAUUCCCGCUGGUUUGGUGUUCUUUUUAAAUGGAAAAGAAAGAAUUCAGGUGGAUGACUAUGAGAAGAUGCCAAAAAUAGCAGCAUUGUUGACAGCAAUUUAUAUGUAAAUUUGUUUGCUUUGCUGAUGAUAUUCAAACUGUUUAAUUGUUCUCUUUUUUUUUUUCUAACACUAAUGUAGUGUAAUUUUAUAUAUAUAUGUAGUUUAAGAAAA